GGUGCUGUUUGGACAAUGAAAUUUUCUCACUGCGGUCGAUUACUUGCAUCUGCAGGACAGGACAACGUAGUAAGAAUAUGGGUUUUAAAGAAUGCUUUUGACUAUUUCAAUAACAUGCGAAUGAAGUACAACACAGAAGGCCGUGUCUCUCCCUCCCCAUCUCAAGAGAGUCUGAAUUCAUCAAAGUCUGAUACUGAUGCAGGGAUUUGCAGUGGAGUUGAUGAAGACCCAGAUGAUAAAAAUGCCCCAUUUCGUCAACGGCCGUUUUGCAAGUACAAAGGGCAUACAGCAGAUCUUCUUGAUCUUUCCUGGUCUAAAAAUUACUUCUUGCUUUCUUCUUCUAUGGACAAAACUGUCAGAUUAUGGCACAUAUCAAGAAGAGAAUGUCUUUGCUGUUUCCAGCAUAUAGACUUUGUCACUGCUAUAGCAUUCCAUCCAAGGGAUGACAGGUACUUCUUAAGUGGUUCAUUGGAUGGGAAACUCCGACUCUGGAACAUUCCUGACAAAAAAGUGGCAUUAUGGAAUGAAGUAGAUGGGCAAACAAAAUUGAUUACAGCUGCCAACUUCUGUCAGAAUGGCAAAUACGCAGUCAUAGGCACAUAUGAUGGAAGAUGCAUCUUCUAUGACACGGAGCACCUGAAGUACCAUACACAAAUACAUGUGCGUUCUACCAGAGGCCGAAAUAGAGUUGGAAGAAAAAUUACUGGCAUUGAACCCUUGCCUGGGGAAAAUAAGAUACUAGUGACAUCAAACGAUUCCAGAAUCAGAUUGUAUGACCUAAGAGAUCUGUCUUUAUCUAUGAAAUACAAAGGUUAUGUCAACAGCAGCAGCCAAAUCAAAGCCAGCUUUAGCCAUGACUUUACCUACAUUGUAAGUGGUUCAGAAGAUAAAUAUGUUUAUAUUUGGAGUACGUACCAUGACCUGAGCAAGUUUACCUCUGUAAGGAGGGAUCGUAAUGACUUCUGGGAAGGCAUUAAAGCGCACAAUGCAGUGGUCACAUCAGCAAUUUUUGCUCCCAAUCCCGGUUUGAUGGUGUCACUGGAAACUUCUGAAAAGCAAGAAGCUGAAAGUAAGGGAGAAGAUUCUGAAACAUCGGAUACAAUACCCUCUGGAGCUUUGAAGACAGAUCACACAGAAGUGCUUUUAUCGGCUGACUUUACUGGAGCAAUCAAAGUCUUCAUUAACAAAAAGAAAUACUUAUCUUAGUUGUUUUUCAACUGACAGCAUAAAGCUAUGGUACUGUAGGAUUAAAAUUCCAUAAAUAAUGCGGGCAAAAGCAAAGUAUCUAAUAUAAUAAUGUUACAGGCUGAUUUAUUUUUAAAUCUUUAUUUUAAGGCUACUCAAAUAUUGGAUCCUUGGAAAGCAGUGUCUACCUAUUAACACCUGGGCUUGUAGAAUAGAAAGGAAUGUGUAAGACCUGCCAAAUGUUAGACUUUAAACUUUCUAUGAACAAUUGUUUUGCAAUGUAAUUGUGAACCUGCACAGGUUUCUGCACGAAAAUGUAUUCACACAUGUGUGUGCCUUUUGGUUACAUGCACUGAUUUGAACAUAUAUCAAAAGAUUUUAGUGGUGCUUGUGGCCACUAGAUGUCAGGAAUGGGGAUGGGAAGGGAAGGUUGGAGGUAUGGCUGGAAAAAUGCUGAAUGAUCUAGUCUGAUCUUUGCACAAAAUUCCAUUUGAGAAAGAUCUUGAAUUUGUAGUAGCUAUUGUUCAGAUUUUUAAGUUAUGCAAGUUUUUGAUGGGUCAGCAACCAUGUGUAAAUGUUUUUAUAAAUUUCUCAACUUCAGGACGUGAAAAAAUUUUUGUUGUCUUUUAAUUGUUGUGGACUUUAGAUUCCUUUCUUAUAUAUAAUUUUUUGCACACUGGAGCACAAUACUUGUGUAAAGAAUUCUCUCAUUCCUUGUCACGGGCACCAGGAUAUAUUCACCUUCCAGAUAAAAUUAAGCUGCAUUAGAAAGUUCUUAUAUUUUACAACUAUGUAAAAUAAACUGUUUACAUUUUUUAAGCAUUGUAGCUUAAAGUUUUAAGUUCUUCUGAUUUGUUUAGUGCCAUUGAAUUUUGAAAGUCUUUGUAAAUAUUCGUAUAAAACACCUAUGAAGUAACAUUCUGGGCAUCAUAACCCAUGAAAUGUUAUUGAUGGUCAAGUGUUUCAGAGAACAGAUGUAUCAUUAAACUUGGUCGCACACUUGGAAA